CCCUCCGCCGCCCGCCCGCUGCGGCGCCGCUCGAGCCAUCGUUGCGCCGGGCCGCGCCGCCGCUCCGCUAUGUGGCUGCUGGCCGCCUCCGUGCUGCUCGGCGCCCUGCGCGCAGGUUCUGCCCAGUUGUCACUUUCUGGGACAAGUAUUGUGGAAAAAAAUGACUGUAAUAAAACUGUAGUUUUACCUUGUUACGUGACUGACCUAAAGCAGAACAAUGAAAAUGCCAUGUCUGUUACAUGGAAAAAACAAGGAGUUACAAUUUUUUUUUACCAUGGAGGAAACAAGAAGUUUAACAUUGAUCCCUCAUUUUCGUCUGCAAGAUUUUUAUCCCAGGUGGAAUUAAUCAAGGGUGUGGCCUCGCUGGUGCUUGACAGUGCCCAAGCAACUGUGGGAAAUUACAGCUGUAAAGUAACAGAAUCAAACAGCGAAGGAGAAAUAAAAAUGGAACUUAAAAACAGCUCAGUUGUCAGUUGCGGUGACGAAACGCCAGAGGAAAAAUGUGGAUCCUGGUUCCUUCUAGCGGAAAGGGUUGGCAUCGUAUUAUUGAUGUGCUUACUUGUUGUUUUAUGUAUAGUUCAGUUAAGUGUUAUUGGAUUAAAAUAUGAAAUUGAAUCUCAGAGGAAAGUGUGCACUAUUGUAGCACUUGUCAUCUUUGCAGUUGUAGCUGGUGUAGGCGCUGCUCUUUUUAUCCCAGAUGGCUAUACUGUACAGAAUCAGGCUGGUCUUGGCCUAAUUGUAAUCCCUGCUGUGAUUUUGGUACCUUUUCAGUACGUCAUGUUUGGAAUUGUUUUUGACAGUCUACUGCAGGCAACAUUGGCUCUGAUAGGUUUGAAACUUCUUGGGUUUAUAAUUGCUGUGGUUGGUUUUGCACUGUGUGUCCCAGCCUGCCCUCCGUUACAUGCAUCUGUUCUGAUUGCUGGCUUAGCUAUUAUGGCUUUUGCAAGUUUGUGUAGUCUGCCUUACGUGUUUUUUAUGGGUUCCAGAAUGAAAGAUCAUCCUCGUCCAGGGAAAGCUGUAGAAGAACCACUAAAUGAUGCAAAAGGAGUGAUGUUAGAAUGAUGAACUGCAGAGUUAUGUGAUGCAUAUAUAAAAAGUACACCGUUGUUGAUACACCGUGGCCUUGAAGAUGCACUACUCAUCGAGAAGAAAUUCAGGAAUCUAGUUGUUUUGCAUGUGUGGCAAAAGUGCUUUUGAUAUAAAUGACAUAAUUUUAUAGUCACAGCAGCUGUAGCAAGGAACAUGUGUGUUUGCCCACAUGUGAUCUUUAUUUUCUAUUGUUAUGGUGUAUAUGGGAUGGUUGAGGGUGAGAAUAUAAAAAGCACUGUUUGCCCAGUACAGAGUCUCCCUGCAGUAAUCCUUAGUGGUAUUAUUUUAAAAAACUAUCAUUAGUCACUGCUUUGAUAAUGGGCCCGCUGAGCCCAGAGAUUGCAAUACCAUUUAGACUAUUUUUUCUUUAUUUGUGUGCAUGGACAAAGUAUGGUUUAUGUGUAUGAUACAAGCGGGAAGUAGAGAUUGUACAAAUACAUCUUUCCUGACAUUCAGCAAAUUUUUAUUAAAAAAAUACAAAGUUACACACAAAGUUGCAUAAGUACAGAGUUUACUCCCAGCUCUCCUGAAAUUAUUAACAGAGUUCUAAUUCCAUGAGACAUUAGUAUUCCUCUCUGUGGACAGUAGUCAUGUGUGCUCUGGUGGCUGAUAUUUUUGUCCAGUGAGAGGGCUCUCCGUGCCUUCUCUGUAUCCUUUGAUGAGAAACUGCUCAGUUGUUGAGCCUAAUUCAGCACUGGAAUUACAGAGCACAGGAGCUGGUAAUCUUAAAGCUGAAUGUGGUUCUUGUGUGUGUUCAUGUUGUGCAGUGUGUGGAAUUGGAAGCAAUUUCAGGCUUUCUUAACUCAGUGAAUUUGUGAAAGUUGUGGAUGCUUCAUAAAAAUAGGAGCUUCCCAUUUAGUGUAUUUUUGACAGAAUUUAACACCUUGUUUUCUUGAAUGGAAAAGAGCUAUAUAAUUUCUGGCCCAGGUUUGUGUUGCUGCCAUUAUAUCACAAACACAUAAAAAGUAAGAGGAGUUGAAGAGGAGUGAGGAAGCUCAGUUUCUGUAUAUAUCUAAUGGUAUGGUUAAAAAUCAGUUUACUAGGACUUGCACAUUCCAUGAGUUCUGCUAUGUUUUACAGCUGUUUUGAGAGUUGUUCCAAUAUAGUUGGCUGCUCUUGGACUUUGUGUAUACUUUGUAGAAAUCUUGACACUGUUUCCUGUUUGUACUAAGGUACUGUAUUUCAAAGGCACAGACGGUUUUCUCCUUCUAACACUUUAAAACUUGGUUUGGAAAGCUGUUGCCAAACAGUCACGUAAUAAAAUCCAUGUUUUUAAAGAUCCUGAGUAAUUUGGCACUUCUCAGAAUAGAAUGUUACAAACCAAGGUUCAUAUCCAUGUUGUGGGUACAUGUUGCAGGGGUUUGGGUCUCUGCAUGUUGAGCUCCGAGUCGCAUUAAGAAUUCAACAAAGCAAAAUUGGGAUGUCUGAUUUUAUAGUAAGUGCUGUCAUAACUGUCCCUCUUGCCAAGGCUGCUGGAUUGAACCAUUUAAAGCAAGCUGUGGGCCAGCCCUCACUGGGAUCAGUGGAACUGGACACAGGGAAGAGGGUCACCCAUGCGAUAAAGAGAAUUGUGUAUGGCUCACAUUUACUGUCCUAUGUUGCCAGCGGGAAGAUUCAUGUAAGGUUUGAGCUCUUACAGGUGAAUCUUUUGGUGCAGGUUUUUCCAUAAUCUCAGUGAUACCUAACUAAAGAUGGGAGAUGGUUCUCCAUUACAAUUCAGAAUAAAAGUUUUUCUAAUUUAGUAUUGUGCAGUGCUCCCUGUUUAUAACUAGUGGUUCCCUCUGGUAAGUUGAAAGUCUUAGCAGUGGAGGAAUAAAAAACCAAAUCACCUGGAAUUCUGUUGAGGUAUUCUGCCUUAUAAAAACAAUUAUGUAUAGUAGCUUUAUGUUAAUUUCUGUAAAGCAAACUGCAGCAGAACCCCACUGUGUCACCGUGGGAUCAGGCCAAGCUGUUCCUAGGAAUUGUCAAAACCUGAGGAGCUCAGUGGCUGGCUAUGGGCUGCAGAAUUGUGGACCCAGAAAUGGGAGAAACCCACCAUCCUGUUGCAUUAAGGGCUGGAUUUCUUGUAGGUAGGAAUUUAAAAGUGAGAGUUCAAAAAGUCAUUGGUACACCCAGCCAGCCCUUUCCCACCAGUAAUUUAAACCAAAGUUGUUCAUAACUGUAUUCUUUCAUUUGUGCGUGUACAUAUGUGUGUAUAUAUAAAUAUAUAGACAUUUUAAAUAGCUAUAGAUCUAAAUAGUCUUUACCCAAGAAACUGUUUUUAUUUAUGAAACAUGAAAUGGUUUUGUAAAUAUUGUACUAAUAUACUUAAAAAAUAAAAUCAUUUUAAGUUGUU